GCGCGCCUCCCGGCUCCUAGCAGCGACAGCCCUGGUAAACCGGACUGACCUUCCUCUGCGCGGCCUCGUCGCCAGACGAGGACCUUGACUGUUCCUCAUCGGUUUGAUUCGUCUGUGAUUUGUACUCUGCAGCCAUGCCACCGACGCCGGAGGUCCCCACAGCGCAGGAGCUGAGUGUGGACGAGAUCAAUGUGUCAUCUGCAGUUCUGAAGGCUGCUGCUCACCAUUAUGGCUCCCAGUGUGACAAACCCAACAAGGAGUUCAUGCUCUGUCGCUGGGAGGAGAAGGAUCCCAAGAAGUGUCUGGAAGAAGGCAGGAAAGUCAACGAGUGUGCCCUCAACUUCUUCAGGCAAAUCAAGGGCAACUGUGCAGAGUCAUUCACGGAAUACUGGACCUGUCUGGAUUAUUCGAACUUGGCGGAGCUGCGUCACUGCCGCAAGCAGCAGCAGAGCUUCGACAGCUGCGUCCUCGACAAGCUGGGCUGGGAGAGACCUGAUCUGGGAGACCUGUCUAAGGUGACCAAAGUGUCGACCCCGCGGGCCGUCCCUGAGAACCCUUACCACUCCAGACCACGUCCCGAGCCCAACCCAGUCAUCGAGGGCAAACUGGAACCUUCCAAACAUGGCAGCAGGUUAUUCUUCUGGAGCUGGUGAGGCAGCACCAGAAACAUCAGUCACCUUCCAAAGCCAUGGGCUCUGUCCAAACUCCACUGGACUACAUGUGACCACUGAUACAUCCGUGUUACUGGCACGUUUAUGUUGGUUAGGUCUGAAAGUGGAUUUUGGACAGAGCUCAUGUCCUAACAGUGUCUCCAGCAGCGCUACUGAACCUCCAGCAUCCUCACAGUUCAAUGAAGGAAGGAUGGAUGGAUGAUUGUGUGAGAAAAGUCCAUGAAUCCAUUCAGCCUUCCUGACCACAAAUGUAAAUGUAAUGAGUGAACAAAUGCAACAUGCUGUUAUUGUUGUCAACUAAUAAAAGAGAUAAAUUAUA